AUGGUCUACCCCGCCGUCCUCUCGUCCACAUUUUACGACUGCGGCUCGGCCGUCACCAUGACCACCGAGACCAUCUGGACCACGACCUGGACCACCAACUUCCUCGCCGCCAACCCCCAGUCGACCUGGGACGCCUGCUACACCGUGACAGAGACCAUCACCGGCAACCCCGCAGACUACACCCGCCCCGCCCUGCCUCCCUUCUUCGUCGAGACCAAGGUCGCCUGUGGCGUCUGCGAGGGCGGCGAGAUUGUCAUCACAGCGCCCGUCGCCGACUUUACGCCCAGCGUCCACAUUGAGGGCAACGGCGUCUUCGCCGACGGUGCCGUGCCCGGCCAGGUUGCCCCCGUGCACGCCCAGCCCACGUACGGACCCGAGUACCCCGCCGAGCCGCCUGCUCCCGAGGGCGAGGUGCCCGCUGGUGCUGCUGUUGCCCCCCCUGCUCCCGAAGGAGCUAUUCCUGCUGUUGCCCCUCCUGCUCCCGAAGGAGCCAUUCCUGCUGUUGCCCCUCCUGCUCCCGAAGGAGCCAUUCCCGCCGGUGCCCCUCCUGCUCCCGAGGGCGAGAUUCCCGCCGGUGCUGCCCCCCCUGCUCCCGAGGGCGAGAUUCCCGCCGGUGCUGCCCCCCCUGUCCCCGAAGUAGCCAUCCCCGCUGAGGGCGCUCCCGCUCCUGGCCCCGAGGGCGAGGUUCCCGCGGCUGCGCCCCCUGCCCCUGAAGUCGCCAGCAAUGUCGGCCAGGGCAUUCCCGAGCCGGAAGGCGACUUUGCCAUCACUGGCGAGCCCGCGACAGAUAACGACAUCACCGUCGGUCAAGGUGUCCCCGCCGAAGAGGAGAGCGAUGUCACCACUGUUGCCGGUGUCCCUGCAGACUCUGCCGACAUUGGCACCCCUGCCGCGCCACCUGCCGAGAGCGAUGUCAUUGACGGCUUCGUCCAGGCUUCGGCGCCGGCUGUGAGGAGUAGUUUCGGCGUGCUCGCCUUCAGCGCCUUCAUCGGCAUGAUCAUCUGCAUGUAA